AUGUUGGCCGUCUCUCAAGUUGCCCUGUAUUUCACCAUCAAGUAUCUCGUCAACCAGAUUGACGUUGGCGGUGAUCCAGAUAGAAAGAAACAGUUGGACAAAGGAAACAAAGUAUUGGAGAGAAUAGGGCUAAAGGAUGGCGACCUGGACGAGCACGAGAGAACUAUCGCUGCGGAGAUUAUCUCGCCUGAAGACAUGAAUGUAACCUUUGCCGACAUUGGUGGACUCGACGGCAUUAUCACCUCCCUCCGCGAAACCGUCAUUUUUCCCUUGACACACCCACAACUGUUUACAUCUUCAUCUCUAUUAUCAGCACCCAAGGGUGUGCUUCUCUAUGGUCCACCAGGGUGUGGAAAAUCUAUGCUUGCCAAAGCAUUGGCAAAGGAGAGUGGGGCCAAUUUCAUCAAUAUCAGCGUCUCUACGUUGACGAACAAGUGGUACGGCGAAUCGAACAAACUCGUACAUGCAUUGUUCUCGCUCGCCAAACGGUUAAAGCCGUGUAUCAUCUUCAUCGACGAGAUAGAUUGUUUCCUGCGCGAACGAGGAAAGGGUGAUCAUGAGGUCACUGGAAUGAUGAAGGCAGAAUUCAUGACGCAAUGGGACGGACUUGUAACGGACAAAGACUCACGAAUUCUCGUGCUAGCUCAUGCUCAAGAACACACCCUAUCACCUACACUCUCCCUUGAUCUCCUCGCAGCGGAGACAGAAGGCCUGUCUGGCUCAGAUCUACAUGAGCUAUGUCGAAAUGCUGCUAUGCAUCCACUGAAGGAAGUGAUGCGACGAGAGGGUGGUCUGGAAGGUGUCGGAGCAGAUUUUAAGCUUCGGCCCCUCACGCUCAAAGACUUUUUGACACUAGACGGUGACGUCUUGCCGCCCCCUGGUACAAACGAACCCAUCGCCGUCGCAAAGCAGGUCAACUCGUAUAACGCUACAAUUUCCGAGCUGGAAAUCGACGAUUUGUCGUAA